AUGGCAAAUCCGCUGUCUACUUUGUCAACGCAUGAGCGGACCAGGGUAGAGGACUAUCUCAACGACAAGAUACAGACCUCUGCCGAUUUCGAAAGCCUUGAGUCGCUACUUUCUACGUUGCGGGCACAGCAUGAGCUCCAGCGGAAGCAGUUAGCUGAAGCACAGGAGGCUCUCUCCAAUGCCACCCAAACCUCUAAUGACCAUGUCGAGACAAUCCGCAAACGAGCUGAAGCCUUCAAUGACCAGCAAGCCGAUAUCGACCGACGACUAAGGGCUUUGACGGGGACCGAUGCCAGCGAUGAGGCGGCGGAACGCUUUGAAGCCAGUAUUCAGAAAUUGCGAAGGCUUGAAUUAUCGAGAGGCUAUGUCACGCUGUUGAAGGAUGCGGAGGAAUUGAGUAAGGAAGCACUACGGAAUAUAAAUUCUGAGCCUCGAGCGGCAAUCGCGUCAUAUUCUCGCCUGCGAAAUAUCGUGGAUUCGUUAAACGAGGCCCAGCCAGCUGCCGAAGGUGCAAGUCCGCAUCUAGUGGACUACGUUGGGAGACUGGCGUCCAAACUCAGAGAACACAUGAAAACCGAGUUUACAACGCGCUUCAGGGUAACUCUAGAGCAGAUGAAAUGGCCGUCCAAAGAUCUGGAAUUUCCCGAAAGCCUCAGACAACAGUGGGCUGACAAUGUUGAGCUGCUCCUUGAGCUGCAGAUCCCGGAACUCGAGAACCACGACUCUGCGAGCCAUAAGAGUGUCCAGCCGCCUGUUUUGUUUCCAUUGGAAGCCAUGGUGCAUCCUUUGGAACUUCGGUUCAAAUACCAUUUUAGUGGCGAUAAGCCAACAAACAGACUUGACAAACCCGAAUACUUCCUUGCGCAUACGACGGAUCUGCUGAACAGCUUCGGCAGUUUCUUCACUUCAUUCCUUCAACCCAUAUUUGACCAGAAGUCGCUGGUUGUGGGAGAUCAACUGGCAUGGAACUUUCUCGAUGCCUCCGAUGCCUAUAUCACCGCACUUUUACCAAUGCUGAGGCAUAAAAUAUCAACAUACCUUCCUCAUAUUUCUACCCACCCUCAACUACUCAGCCAUUUCGUUCAUGAAUUGAUGAAUUAUGAUAAUGACAUUCGUGAAGCCUGGAACUACUUGCCCGACCCUUACUCGCAAGAAGAUUGGAGGGGACUUACAUGGGAGGUGCUGUCUAAGGAAGGAUGGUUCGACCGGUGGCUACAGGUCGAGAAAGACUUUGCACUAGCCCGUUACAAAGAAAUCGUGGAUACACCAGACAGCGGCCACAUCGACUACGAAGGGGUUGAGGUAUCUGCAACCAAGCCCACUAAAGCUGCUAUCCGCGUGAACGACCUUUUGGAAACAAUCACCGAACGAUAUCAACCACUGUUAUCCUUCAGCCAGAAGCUACGGUUUUUGAUAGAUAUCCAGAUCACAUUAUUCGACCAAUUCCACGAACGCCUGCAUUCUGCUCUCGAAGCUUAUCUUGCGAUGACCUCAACAAUUGGACGCACUGUGCAGGGCGCAGACGGACAAGCAAGUGUCGAGGGAAUUGCUGGGCUUGAGCGCUUGUGUAGAGUCUUCGGGAGCGCGGAAUAUCUCGAAAAGAAGAUGGAGGACUGGAGCAACGAAGUCUUCUUUGUGGAGCUCUGGUCUGAACUUCAAGAGCGCGUGAAGCAGAAUAGAGAUGGCGGGAGGAAUGUCGCCGGGUCUAUGUCAGUCGCCGAUGUUGCAUCACGUACUUCUCCGGCCGUGAACAAUGGCCAUGGUGGGGGCUCUCCAGACGACAAUCCGGAAGGAGCUCUGUUCGAUGAGACCGCGUCGGCAUAUCGUCGUCUGAGAUUACGUUCGGAGUCCAUAAUUACCUCAACCGUAACGUCCAGCGUGCGGUCGGCUCUAAAAUCCUACUCUCGCGUGUCCACUUGGGCAACAAUCUCUGCGCCCGCCAGCCCUGCAACUGGGUCCCUAGCUCCAACUGCGGAUCUAGCACCGGCUAUGCGUACUCUUUCUACCACAAUCUCGUUUCUUUCUCGUGCGUUAGGGGUCGCGCCACUCCGUCGAAUCGUUCGCCAGGUUCUUCUCUCAACCCAAACUUAUAUCUGGUCCAAUGUACUUAUGAGAAACACAUUCUCUACUUCCGGCGCCGCCCAGCUGGCAAGUGACAUAGCCCAUCUGCACAGCGUCGUGGACGUAGCUCUCGGUUCCGCAGUCCAAGCAGGAGGCUCAAAAUCUAUUGUGCAAAAGCUGGAUGAGGGUCUUGUCCUUCUCAAUCUCGAAUCACAAACACCCAAAACCGACGACCAAGCUGGUUUUUCUACAGAGGCCGUAACCGGCAAAGGCCUGGGGCUCUGGGGAGUUGAAAAGAGACUUUUCAAAGACAACGAGAGCGCGAGAGAGAUGCUUGCAGAGUUGGGUAUUGAGACUUUGACAGAGUCGGAGGCGAGGAGUGUUCUGGAGAAGCGCGUGGAGAUCGGGAACUAG